UUCAGUCGAAAAAAGAGAAGAUAAAAAUUCCAAUAACGCAUAAUGGAAACUAUGCAAUUCUCUAUAGUGUGCCACGGAAAAUCAUAUUUGUAACCAACCUUCUUAUACCUCUAUGUACUUAAUCUUCAAAGCCCGAUGUGGCUCAAAGAUGCCAAAAAUGCUUGGCGCCAGCCGCCAGUGGGAACAAAGCAAUAUGGACUGCGUGUCAGAUGACGUUGUAAACAGCCACCAAAUCUGCUACACACACAUCAUAAAUAAAUUCAAUUCGAACGUCACGUGCCUCGACCAGGAUGGCGAAACGGAAGGGUUCGGCAGUGCACUCACUCCAAAGCGGAAGCAGCUGUGGAGAGUGCAGGCCGCGCGCGAUGAGAUGGCCAACGUGGUUCUGGCCGACGACCAUAACAAUUGCCGUUUACGUCGGCAUUCACUUCGGCCUGCGCCCCCGCGUCAAUCAACACUUCAUCAUUUCGGACGACAACGAGGCUUCCACUCAGGACCUCUCGGCCGAAUUGGCGGAGCGUGCUCUCGCCCGAAACAGAACGCCCGAUUACACGUGGACCCUGAUAUUUACUUCGGUCCCUCACGGACCCAGAGAAGACAGCGUGAGAGCUCUUCUCAAGCGCAUGUCUGCAUUGAAUAAUUUCACGCUCAAAACGUCGCCAACAACCGAGACUGAUGCAAUUUUGAACGAGGAAAAAGGCAAGGUUUACGCAGAAGAGAUCUCUAAAAUAGCCGAGAGGCUAAAAACGCCGCUUGUGCAUGACACGUACAAGCCGUUCAUUGAUUUCGAAAGAGUGGCAUUGAUCCCUCGUCCAGCGUAUGCCUCUUUUGUCUCCGAUCCAAUUAAUAGAUUCGUGAACGAAUUCAAAGAAGUACGCACUGUCAAAUAUUGGCAAGUGCGCGUGGCAAAGAUCCCCGAGAAGGACCGGCUGCGGCACAUGGAGAAAAUCCUGGACGUCAAGUGGGAAAAAAAGGUCUUUAACGACUGCGUCAUGACGGACGACCCAGAAUGCGUGCCGCUGCGAGGAACUAACAGAACGUCUAUGGUAUCUCAUUUUUGCGGCAUUGCUCCCGAGUGCAGGGUCCACCAUAGCAGAGUGGCGCUCGAGCAAGCGAAACGCAACAUGGAGUCGUUCUUCUCCGUGGUCGGGGUGGUCGGCAUGGAAAUCGACACGUUGCGCGCCCUUCAGGCGUAUCUGCCUCUCUUCAUGCAAGGCGCCGUGCACCACAAAUCAAAUCUAGGCCUGGAUGUGGAGGCGGUGCUUCCACCUAGGGUGCGCAAGAAGCUGAUGAAAGUCCUCGCAAUGGAUAUCGAACUCUUCAGAUUCACGCAGCAAAGACUCGCAAUGCAGAUAAACAAAUUGAAUUCGCAACUGUAGAUCGCACACGCCAUUUUUACGCUUUUUUAAUUCUUUCCCGUUAAAAAAAUUACCCGGGUCAAUGGUAUUAACUUAAUUUCACGCCAAAUGCGAGCUGCACUGUUAAAGGGAUGCAAGAAAUGUCAAGUUAUAUUAAUUUACGGUUGCUCUUUUGUCAGAUUAGAUAAUGGUUGGUCAGGUUUGGAUUUUUUUGGAUUAAAAGUCAAUGUUAAAUUCUUUGAAUUUAAUUUUAAUAUCCUAUAGCAUUGAGUUUUUAAAACAUGGUCAUAAGAUGCUUUUUAAUAUAAAUAGUUUUUUCUUACAAAUGAAAAUUGGAAGCCAUUACAGGCGAGUGAAUACAUGUCUGCUGUGAAAAGGCCAAUUUCCAGUUUCAUAGUCAAUCCCUGCUGGGAUUUGAAAAAAAACUGAGCAAAUUUAUCACAGUAUCAAAUAUCAAAAGUCAAAAUAAUGAAAUUUAUCAGUUUCUGUGACCUGAAAGGAAAAUGAAGAACAAAGAUCAAUUUAUGCAGCUAAUUUCCAUGUAUAUCUUAAUCUUGCAAAAAUUAAACGUGUACUUUUCAAAAAUCUUUGAUUUUUUUUUUCAAUCCCGCACACAGUAUUAAAAAAAUAUAUUCUUUGAAUUGGCUUGUCAGUC